UCAGACAUUUACUUUGAAGCGUCAAGCGGACGUGGCGUGUAUUCUGUUCGUCAUCUUGAUGCUGCCUGUCAUGUUGUUAGCCUGGCUUGCGAGACACUCCUAGCUCGGAUCCCCUUCCUCAUCGUCAGUGUCCCCCUCCCCUCAACGAGCCAUGGCCGAGCAGGCCGCAGGAGCCCCUCCGUCGUCGCAACAUGACGACGAGCUCCAGCAGCGAAUGGAGGCCCUGGAGCGGGAGAGGGCUGAAUUGGGCAAAGCCAAGCAGCAGCUGGAGGCCGAGUUCAACCAGAAGAGAGCCAAGUUCAAAGAGCUCUAUUUGGCCAAAGAGGAGGAUCUGAAGAGGCAGACGUCAGCUCUGGAGUCGGCCCAGUCGGAGCUGAGCGCCGCACAGGCCCAGCUGACCCAGGCCCGCUCCGAGAUCGAGACCAUCAAGGCGGUGGCCACGGUGUCGGAGAACACCAAGCAGGAGGCCAUCGAUCAGGUCCGCGGCCAGUGGCAGGAGGAGGUGGCGUCGCUGCAGGCCAUCAUGAAAGAAACCGUUUGCGAGUACGAGGUCCAGUUCCACCAGCGUCUGGAGCAGGAGCGAGCCCAGUGGGGCCAGUACCGCGAGGCCGUGGAGAGGGAGGUGGCAGACCUCAGGCGGCGGCUCGACGAGCCCCAGGAGGAGCAAAACCUGGAGGACGACAUGAAGAAGGCUCAAGAGGAUGCGGAGAAGCUCCGCUCGGUGGUCAUGCCCAUGGAACAGGAGAUCGGCGCGCUGAAAGCCAAGCUGUCGGCGGCCGAGGACAGGGUCAAGGAACUCGAGGCGUCCAAGGUGAAGGAGCUCAACCACGUUUUGGAGGCGGAGAAGUCGUGUCGCACCGACCUGGAGAUGUACGUGGCCGUGCUCAACACGCAGAAGUCGGUCCUGCAGGAGGACGCCGAGAAACUGCGGCGGGAGCUUCACGAAGUGUGCCACAAGCUGGAGCUGGAGCGGCAGCAGCACAACCAGCUCAAGCACACGUGGCAGCGAGCCAACGAUCAGUUCCUGGAGUCGCAGCGCCUCCUCAUGAGGGACAUGCAGAGGAUCGAGAGCGUGCUCUCCUCCGAGCAGCUGCGGCAGGUGGAGGAGAUCAAGAAGAAAGACCAGGAAGACGACGAGAAGGAGAGGCUGAGCCAAAUGAAGGAUCUGCACGAGGAAGACGGCGCGGACAACACGGAGCCCUUGGAGGACAUCUUCCUGGGCUUGAGCGUUGAGGAGGCGCCGACCGACCACAGCGCCCACGGCUCCAUGCACUCGCUGGACGCCGACUCGGUGCCCGGCGGCCCGCCGGACCCCUACAGGGAGAACCUGCGCAGGGUGCAGUCCACCGACAGCCUGGGCUCCUCCCUGUCGGCCACGCCGGGCCUGAACCACAAGGCCAAGUCGGCCGGCCACUUGGACGAGUCCGACUUCGGGCCCCUGGUGGGGGCCGACUGCGGCGCGGCGGCGGACGCCGGCCUGGGAGACGGCGGCUCCGUCGGUUCCGUCAAGCUGACGGCCAGCCACUUCCUGCUCACCAAAGAUCAGGAGAAGGCCAUCAAGGCCAUGACGCCCGAGCAGGAGGAGACGGCGUCGCUGCUCUCUAGCAUCUCGCAAGCCCCCGACGCCGCCUACUUGCCCCCUGCCGGCUACCGACUGGUCAGCGACAGCGAGUGGAACCUGCUGCAGCAGGAGGUGAAGAACGCGGGCAGGAAGCUGGGCCGCCGCUGCGACAUGUGCUCCAACUACGAGAAGCAGCUGCAGGCCAUCCAGGGCCAGGAAGCCGACACUCGAGAUCAGGUCAAAAAACUGCAGGCGAUGCUGCGGCAGGCCAACGAUCACCUGGAGAGGAGCGUGGCCGACAAACAAAGCCUGGAAGAUUCCGUCAAGCUGGGGAACGAGGAAACCGCCGCCAAGGUGUCGGCCCUCGUCCGACGAGUCCAGGAGUCGGAAAGGCUGCUGGCCACGCUUCAGGAGGCCUUCGGCGAAGCCAAGAGGAACACGCAAGGACAGAUGGCCGCGCUGGCGCAGUCGCGCGAGCAACUGGCCGACGAGCUGAGCCGACUCCAGCGGGACAACGAGAGCCUGCAGGGAAAACGCCGUCUCCACUCGGAGCUGCUGGAGCAAGACGGCUUCGCCAUGCCCGACAACGUGCAAGAGCUCCAGGCGACGGUGCUGCGGCUGCGCGAGGACACGGCGACGCUGCGGACGUCGGCCGAGCACACGGAGGAGAAGCUGAUGGCGGAGAUCCUCUUCCUCAAGGAGCAGAUCCAAGCCGAGCAGUGCCUCAAGGAGAACCUGGAGGACACGCUGCAGACGGAGAUCGAAGGCUGCAAGGAGGAGAUCGCUUCCUUCUCCGGUUUGAAGACGGAACUGCAGCGGCUAAAAAUGGAGAAGGAGCAGUUGCAGAUCAGUUUGUCGCAAAAGACGGAGCGGCUGGAAAGCAUCCGAAGCUUGAGGAUCGGCCUGGAGCAGCAGCUGAGGGAGCUCCACGCCGCCAAGAGUGCGCUAGAGAGUCAGGUGUUUGAAGAGAAAGACCGAGCCCAGCGCUUGCAGACGGAGCUGGAUGUCAGCGAGCAGGUCCAGAAGGACUUUGUCAAGCUUUCGCAGACGCUACAGGUGCAGCUGGAGCGAAUACGACAGGCGGACUCUUUGGAGCGAAUCAGACUCAUUCUCAACGACACCAACUUGACCGACAUCAACCAGCUUCCGGAUACAUGAUAGCGCGCCUGCGGGGAAAAGUGCCUCCUCCCUUCGUUCUUUCUGCAUCCCCCCCCCGAACACGAUCGAUCGAUCGAUCCUCCUCCUCCUCCUCGUAAGCGUUACGAAAGAAGCGAAGGCAGGUAGGAAGGAGCAGCGCUGGCCUUUUUUAAUGUACAUUUAAGUGGUGGAGUCGUGAUGAAGAAAAAGCACUACUCAAAACACUGCAAACGUGCAUAUGGAUGGUUGGGGGUGGGGGGGGGGGGGUCCCCAUCUUUCCUGUGGAUGUCUUGCUCCUACUGUAGAUAUGACUCUUUUAAAAACAAAAUUCUGAUUAGCUUUAAAAAAAAUAAUAUCAGAUUGGUCCAUAAUCGUUGAUCUCGCUUGUUGGUCGUCUCAUCCCUUUGAUGUGGGGUCCCCCCCCCCCCCCCACCACCACCAGGGGGUCUCAAACUGGGGUCCAGACCUCAAGGGUUCACAGACUACUAUAAAAAUAAUCCAACAAUAAUAAUCAAUGAUUUUCUCUCAUUUCAAGUAUAUACCCCCCCCCCCAACAAAAUACAUUUGUUUAGAGGAAAAAUAUCCAGAGCAAUGCAACUUUUUUUUCCUCUUACAAAAACACUUAACAAAGCCACUUUUGCCCCUCGGCAUUUAGCGACCCACAUAAUAGUUCUGCUCAGAGUCCCCCCCCCCCCCCCGCUACCCGGUAAAGUUUGAGAACGCCUCUUUUGCACCCGACAACAAUGACACGAGAUGGACCGAAUGAAAUUGUUGCACGAGAAUCCAAUCCAAAAGGCGACGCUGCCGUCUUGCAAUUUUUCUUGGAGAAACUCAUGCGACGUGAGUUUUAAUUCUUCGGAUUUUACCCCCCACCCACCCACCCACCCCAGGUGAGUACAAAGGGCAUCCGUGUGUGUGUUUGUGAAACUGCGGACCCUCCGAACAGGACCACCUUCCCAAAUUGCUCUCAUUUCACAACCCAGAGGAAGUCAUGGAAAGAUUCAAUCGUUGCAGUGGACGUUCAAUUUGUCAAAAAGCAAUCCAAGCGCCGCGCGCCACGGCCAAAUCUAUUCGCCGUGGGUGUUUUUCAACAGGUGGGUACAGAAGAUGGUCACCUUGUUCGAGAAGUUCAAAGCUUGUACAUAACUGUAAUGACGCACGGAUCCCUGUAGAUGGCGGCAAUGAAUCGCUUUGGAUUCAGGUCAAAAUCUCACCUCGUCUCAUGUUGAUAAUGCGCGAGGGGACGCCAGCACGUUUUGAAGUCAAGACAAGUUGCGGCACCUACCAGGCAAGAGGAACCUACGAUGUCAACAGUUUGUGUCAUGGGUGGUUGUCGAAAGCGUGGAAGCAUCGUGAAUGGCAAAUAAAUAACAAUCACCCACUUUCAUCGUGAGUCAUGCAGCGAGUCACCGUUGCCCACUGUGCAUAUUUUCAGUUUUUUUGCACUGUCUUAGUCUUAUUUUUGUGGCUUUAAAGUUUAGCGUCACAAACGCAUAAACACAAUGUCAGCAUUAAAUUCACUAUUUGACUUGAAAUGACUUUUUGGGACAAAAAGACCGCUUUCUGUGUUUUUCGGUUAGAAACUUUUUUUUUUUUUUUGGAGGCCAGCCCAUGUUCUCCUGUCAAAUAAUUGAAGAAUGCAAAA